AUGGAAGAACGGCUGUGAAAUGUGAAUUUAUGCUGCAAAGAGGGCUACAGAGUCUGAAGCUAACAAAUAUAUCCAAUUUAUGAAGGUGUUAAUUUGUCUACCUGCUAACAGGCUUUGUUCCUUCUUGUUUCACUUUAAAGUGCACCAGAAAAAUUUACCAGAAUUAAAAGAAACUGAAGACAGGGGAAGCUUCUUUCUGUGUAGACAUGCUAAGAGUGCUAUAGUACUAACACCCACACAAAGAAGUGCUCCUGGGACAUGUCAAUUUAUUCCAAACAUUGGGACCAAACAAAGCACCCAGUGCACUUUCCACCAACAUGCCACUCUGACAUAACACACUGCAAAUGUGUCCAAACAAGCCAGAGACAAAGGGCAUAGAGCUCUGUCAGUAAAGUGGCAAGGAAAGUUGUUUCAUUCCCAGCCAAGUGACUCAGAGGAACCAAAGGACAGAGGACAUCUUUGCCAGCUUACGGCAGCAGUCAACAGUGUGUUACAAAGGCAUCUUCUGCACAGCAAUCACCUUUGAACAAAUCUAGAUAAACCAAACCCAUCUCAGGCUUCUGCCAAAGGCUGACAUUAUGAAUUGGAGAACAGUAAUUUACAUCAUUUUAUUAGUAAGCUUUACUGUAGUCAAAGCCCUGCCUAGAAGUUAUCGGGACAUAGAGGAAAAAACCAGCAUUGGCCAGCGUUUUUCUCAGCUGCAGGAGAAUAAUUUUAAAGCCAUUGCCAUGAUCAUGUUUGCUCAGUAUGUGCAAGGAAGCACAUUUACCAAAGCGGUUAAAAUGGCUGAAGCUGUAACGGAUCUUGCCAAAAGGUGCGUUGCUGCAGAUGGAGACAACCCAGAUUGUCUGAAGCCUUUGGACAAGAUUUUCCUCGAUACGAUAUGCCAGGAGGAAAAUCUUCCCAGGUUUACUGACUGCUGUGCUAAAAAGGACCCUGAAAGAAAUGAUUGUUUCCUCUCCCUUAAAAAUUCAUCAAGAACAUUCAUUUCUCCUUUUGAAAGGCCAAAUGCUGAAGCUGCCUGCAAAAAUUAUUCACAGAAUCAACAUUCGUUAACAGGAUAUUUCAUCUAUGAGGUUUCCAGAAGGCAUCCUUUCCUCUAUGCCCCAACAAUCCUUUCUGUUGCUAUCCAUUAUGAUGAGAUGAUGAAGGACUGCUGUGGAAGUGCUGAAAACCCCACUCAUAACCUGGAGGAAUGCUUUCAGAGACAGGCACCAAAGGUAGUGAAGCCAGUCAGAGAAGACGGCCUGAGGCAGGAACACACAUGUGGAAUUCUGAAGAAGUUUGGAGAAAGGACCAUAAAGGCUCUGAAACUUGCUCAGAUAAGCCAGAAAUUUCCUAAAGCUGAUUUUGUUACUGUUAGCAAACUUGUGAUGGAUAUUGCUAACAUGCACAAGGACUGCUGUCGUGGAGAUAUGCUGGAGUGCAUGCAUGAUAGGGAAGAGAUUCUACACUAUGUCUGCACCAACCAAGACAUCAUAUCAAGUAAAAUUAAGAAGUGCUGUGAAAAGCCACUGUUACAAAGAAGUGAAUGCAUAAUUAAUGCAGAAAAUGAUGACAAACCUGCAGACUUGUCCCCCCAUGUCAGGGAGUUUAUAGAAGAGAAAGGAGUAUGUGAACGCUUUGCUCAGGAAAAAGAUACCCACUUAGCCAGGUUUCUCUAUGAAUAUUCCAGAAGACACCCUGAAUUUUCUGCUCAAAUGCUUUUAAGAAUUGGUAAAGGAUAUGAGGACCUACUGGAUGAGUGCUGCAAAACUGGUUCUCCACAAGACUGCUGCAGCAGAGGGGAAGAAGAACUGAAGAAACACAUUUAUGAAACAGAAAGUGUGAUGAAAACAAGCUGUGACAUUUACAAGGAAAAAGGAGACUACUAUUUCCAAAACGAGCUUCUCAUGAGCUUCACCAAGAAGAUGCCUCAGUUAACAUCUGCAGAGCUAAUAAAAUUCACCAAACAAAUGACUACAAUCGGCUCCAAAUGCUGCCAGUUAAGCCAGGACAAGCUGUUGCCUUGUGCUGAAGAAAAUCUGGAUCUUGUGCUUGGAGAAAUAUGUAGAAGACACCUAACCAACCCAAUAAACCCCGGCGUUUGCCACUGCUGUAGUAGCUCCUACGCUCUUAGGAGGCCAUGCAUGGGAAAACUAGAAAUUGAUGAGAAUUAUGUGCCCUUAUCAUUGACUCCUGGUCUGUUCACUUUCCACGAAGACUUGUGUACGACGGAAGAGGAAAAGUUACAGCACAAGAAGCAGGAAAUGCUCAUCAACCUUAUCAAAUACAAGCCCCAGAUCACACAGGAACAGCUGACCUCUGUCACUGCGGCUUUUACUGCCAUGAGGGAACAGUGCUGCAAAGAAGAAAACCACGAAGCAUGUUUUGUGAAAGAGGAUUGAUUCCAAAAAUGGAAGAUGAAAUUGAAUAUACUGAGCAACCUAUCAAGAAGAUGACAAGAAAUGCACGUUAGUGAGUAUGCUAUUGAGGAAAAAUAUUGUGAACUGUUAGAAUGGUGAUAUACGUACAUCGCCGCUGACCUCUUCCACAUCCCUGUCCAUGAGAAAAAACUUGGCAAUCUUCUCCGAGGGCCCCUGCAGAAGUCUGUGCACUAAGGGAACGUCUCCACUCCUCAGCUGCUUCUUCUCUGGGAUUUAAAGGUAAUGCGAUGAUGUACAGAACAUGCAACAAUGCUUCUAAAUACCUUAUGCAAUCAUAAGUUUUCUUUCUUGGCAAAGAUCCUAUCUUUGUCUGCUGUGCAAUUACUACAGAUUCAGCAAGUCUAACGUUUUCAAGAGGAUGUGGUAACUAAAUUUAAACUAUGCAUUUUGAAAGAUGUUGGCACAUACAACACUAAGGAGUUGCAACUUAUGUAGCCAAGUACACGUCUAAGAGACUGGCUCCAGGCCAGAGAGCUUGUCAAUGACUCGCGAAUAAAAUCUACUUCAUAAUUUUCAAAUAUCCUUUCAAAUUUCUAUUUUGACAUUUAAGGCACAUGCCCCUCAGUUGUCUCUCCCAUUCUUCCAGGUAUUGCUUUUAAGAAAAAAUAAA